AACACACUCUACAAUGACCAAGUUCGGUAGCAUUUGGACCGUAGAUAUCUAACUUCAUUUGAGGCCAUCGCACGUUAUGCCAAAUCCGCACCCGCACUGAUCCAGUCAAGAUGGCGAAACGAUUUUAAACUGUUCGCUCGGGAACGGCAGCAAGAAGUUGAGGAGCUGUUACAACCUCUGCAUUACCCACUUCUUCCAAGCGAUUCGACAACGCCAGUAUGAGUAUGACGAGGUUAAACCUUGGAAAAUCAUACUUCAUGUCAGAAAAUGGUUGGCGACCGUCUCGACCUAUCCUGGAAGAAUCAAUGUAAUCACAAACAUAUCCGCACUCAAAGUACUUUCACAGAACCAGCGAUAGCUCAACUAGGGCGUAGGCGCUUUGAAAAUCCUCUUCAUGUCAGAAAGGUGGAAAGAAGCCGAAGAGAUGGUUCGACCGUUGUUUGCGACAAUCCCACCCGAUCACCCUGACUGGAUUCACAACAUGUACGGCUACGCGCAUAUAUGCUUCAAGCUGAGCUGCAUAGAAGAAGCGGAAAAGCACUGUGUCGAAAUGCUGGACAGGAUAACACAAACACAGAUUCUCUCACUUGAAGACCCCUGCACAGUAGCGAUUGGAGACUUACUUCUGAGUAUCUAUCAUCACCAGGAACGUGAGGAGGAGAUUGCUGCCAUCAAAGCGAAAAUUCCGGGCUUAAGCCUAGUCAGGAAUGAAGACCGAUUUGAUCCCUACGCGAUCCGAAAAGGAUCUUAUUUGUCGCCGCAAAUGAGCAGACGCGCAUCUCCUGCUAAACAGCAUAAAACUGGCCCGCCGGCUCGUCACAUCUAG